AUGAUGGCACUGGCGAGAGGGUUUCCUUGGGACUGUGUGUCAGUUAUGACUGUGCUGCUGAUCCUCUCUAGGGGCUCUCGGGCCCAGAAGGAUUGCACAGGUGUGGACUGCAAGCCCUUGGAGAAUUGCAUUGAGGAGGUGCUGGAGCCUGGGGAAUGCUGUGCCUCCUGCUUGCAGCAUGGCUGCACCUGCGAGGGUUAUCAGUACUACGACUGUGUCAACGUUGGCUUCAUGAACGGCAAGGUACCCGAGGGACAGUCCUACUUUGUGGACUUCGGAAGCACGGAGUGCUCUUGCCCCAAAGGUGGUGGGAAGAUCAGCUGCCAGUUCAUGCUUUGCCCAGAUCUGCCUCCCAACUGCAUCGACGCUGUCAUCCCCACCGAUGGCUGCCCUCAGUGUGGGCGCAUUGGUUGCUUGCAUGAAGGGGAGAAGUACGUGGCCGGUCAUACCGUCCGCAUGCCCCACUGCAAAGUCUGCCACUGCCCAAACUCUGGCGGCGAGCUCAUUUGCUACCAGCUCCCAGGCUGUGAUGCCUCUGCCUUCCACCCCUCUGGCAACCUCUCAGAACAUGAGGAGAACGACCCCGAGAGACACUACGAUGAUCCUUACAGCUAUGACCAGGAGGCUUUAGAAGGAGAUGCCGCACAGGCAGAGCCUCCAACCAAAGGAUGGACAGUUCCAGUAGCCCAGCCUGCCCCGGACCCCAGCAGCCAAGAGCAGCUGGAGCAGCAGGAGGAGGAUACAAACACCAUUCCUGCCAAUAAUACAACCCUUCCAGGACUGACCCAGCUCAUCUCCCCUACCAAGCAGGCAGCUGCUGCGGCCGUGGACCCUAAAGUCCCUGGCCAGUCUAGAACCAGGAGUGUGAUGGAACAGAAAGAGAAAGGGAUCAUUAAGGAACCAGAGGAGGAGGAGGAGGAGGAGGAGAUAGAGGAAGAAGAAGAGAGGGAUGAGGAUGUUGACCACACAGAAGCUUCCAAGGCUCAUGAAGUGAGUGAAAAGGCCACAAGGGCUGGAAGUAUCCAUGAGAAGCCAGAGGAGAGACAGAAUUCAAACAAUGCUGUAGAAUCAGAGGAGAGAGUCCAGGAGAGACCUGAAGAAAGAGGGAUGGCAGAGCCUGAAGGAAACACCAUUCCCAAUGCUCAACCAAACCCCAGAGACAGGGGAAGAGAUGGGGAAAGGACUGCCAGUAUCGGAUUCCAAGAGGUUACUCCCACAGAAAGAACUGUGCCCCAGCCAGGCCAGGGGAGUCGAGUGGAAAAGACCAUCCCCAAGGUGAAGUUUACUCCAAGCACACUCCCUCCUCUUGGUCUCCAAGAGGAUCCAACUGAGGAGACCCCCAAACAGUCCCAGACUCUCUACCACUAUCCACCUCAAGAGAAGAAUGACCCAAACUCCAUUCAUUCUGACCCCAGAGGCCAGGAAG